AUGGCUGAUGGAAUGAUAGAGCUAACCUAUGCUCGCCCAUCCAUUGCUCAGAUUGAAACACCCGAGUCAGCAGAAAUCUCGUCAAUCAGAUCUAAUCUCAAUAAAGACCUCAAGCUUCUUGACACUGGAGCACGGAAACCUAAUGCUGAUCCCAAGCUGGUCAAGGAAGGUCUCUGUUGGUAUCACACCCGAUUUGGUGCAAAGGCUUCGAAAUGUUGUCAACACUGUACAUAUACGGCACUGAGAAACGACAAGACCGGUCACCAGUAG